ACGUGAUGGCAUGUUCAAAGCCUCUUUCCAAAGUCUUCACCUUCCCUCUGGAUUUGUUUAGGAGGCUGUACAGAACGGAAUUUUCAAGCCCUCUGACCAAAGCCAACACCAGCUUCUGUCUGGCUCUGUUUAAGAAGCUGAGUGAAAAUGACAACACGGCAAAUAUCUUCUUCUCCCCGUUCAGCAUCUCUUCAGCUCUGGCCAUGGUGAUGCUGGGAGCUAGAGGCAACACGGCUGCACAGAUGUCAGAGUGUCUGGAAACCAAGGAGUGUCAGGAUGAAGUCCACACCGGCUUCACCCAGCUGCUGAGGGGGCUGAACAAGGCAGAUGCUCCGUAUGCUCUCAUCGUCGCCAACAGGCUGUAUGGGGAGAAGAGCUGCCAGUUUGAGGAGGAGUUCUUAGAGAGCACAAAGAAGCACUAUGAAGCAGAGCUGGAGACGGUAGACUUCAUCACUGGUUUUGAGGCUGCAAGACUCAACAUUAACAACUGGAUGGCAAGCAAGACACAAGGUAAAAUCAAAGACUUGCUGGCUCAGGGUGUGGUGGACAGCCUUACCAGGCUGGUGCUGGUCAAUGCUAUUUACUUUAAGGGAAAGUGGAACAAACAGUUUGAGGUGUGGAAGUCAUGGCCCGCUCCGUUGAAGCUGACCAAGAGUGAAACUAAGACAGUGAGGAUGAUGUUUCAGAAAUCUGAGUUUCCUUUGGCCGACAUCCCUGAAGCCAACUUCCAGAUCCUGGAGAUGCCUUACAAAGGAAAGGAGCUCAGCAUGCUCAUCUUUCUGCCCAAUGAAAUAGAGGACGAGACAACGGGUCUGGAGAAGCUGGAGACGCAGCUGACCUAUGAGAACUUUGAGAAGUGGACCAACAUGAUGCAAGAAGUGGAGGUGAUGGUUAAGCUACCUCGGUUCAAGAUGGAGGAGACGUACGACCUGAUGAGCGUCCUAAUGAGCAUGGGGAUGAUGGACGCCUUUGAAAUGGGGAUGUGUGACUUCUCUGGUAUGUCCCCUGCCGAGGAACUGGUCCUGUCCAAGGUCGUCCACAAGGCGUUUGUGGAGGUGAACGAGACGGGGACAGAGGCAGCUGCAGCCAACUUUAUUGAAAACAUUACUUUGGGUGUCGACCCUUCUAAGCCACUCCGCUUCAUUGCUGACCAUCCCUUCCUCUUCUUCAUAAGACAUAACCCAUCCAAGAGCAUCCUCUUUGCGACACUGCUCCCCAUUGCCUCACCAUGAUAAUGAGUUUUAAGUGUGGUGUUAGAUUUCUUAAUGUCUGCAUCAUUUGUGCCCUCCUGAACAUCAUUGCACUUUUAGAUUUUGCACGUAAUCUCCUCUGAAGAUUAACUUUGAGUCUGUAUGCUGCAACCUAAGUGCUGUGUGGUUUGCAAAUGUU